GACACAUGUUGCGCGUGCUGACCCACCGCCUACCUUGACGUUCAGUGCUAUGAGAAGUCGGAUGGUGUUUAAGGAUGACUCAUGAUGGUCAGACUAAGACUUGACACCAGUCGAUGAAGUCUCUGACCGUUGGUAUGAGCCCUGUUGGGAAGUGUAUACUACUUCGGUAGAGUCCCUGAGACAAUAUGAACCAGUGGUUGAGGACUUCUGGUGAAAUGGAUCGAAAUUAGUCACAAUAACCCAGAUAUAUUCACUUCUUGAUGCCUCCUCAAGCCUGGAUAUUCUCAGUAACCAUUAUCUUCUCCAUAUUAAUGGUGGAUACAAACAAUAACACUUUAUCUUCUCUGUUACGUUGUCUUCUUUGAUAUCAGUCUUUUCCCAUCCUUUUACUCUUCGUAUAUACCUCGGUUUGUUGAAGCUGCGGCUAUGAAGAAGUUUAGACUUCUUUUAUGUAUUCAUAAACGAUUUGCUGUUGUAUUAAACCUCCUGUUGAAACUCAGAUUUAAUAUCAAGGGUGAUCAACAUACUGUCUUUCUCUUUCCAUCUACAAUUUGACGCCUAAACUACCAAUAUAGUGAUUUGAGCCCAUCUGCCAACGAAAGUCUAGCAAUUCCAUCCAGUGUAGCAACAGAAAAUCACAAGUAUCAAUAAAUAAUAACGAUUUAACUUUCUAUUGGAUCGACUGCUUUUUUAAACCCAUUUAUCCGUCAUUAUAUUUUAUAUAAACAUGCAUUGCAAACAUGUGUGACCACAUUGUUCAAAAUACGUUGCGCCAAUACAUCACACGUUUUAGAUAAACUAAGUCUUAUUGUUUUGUGGACAUUUAAAUUCAGAGACAUCUUCCAACAAGCUUUCCAAACGAGAUGAUAUUUUAACCAGUAUAAAAUCUGAAGGCAUAGUCGAUAUUGAAGAUUUAUCAAACUAUGGUCAAAAAACAAGAUGUUGUCCCUACUUUAUAUCAAGAGAAUUGAAGACCGAUUCGAAUCUGGUAUUUAUGCCGUAUAACUAUCUACUCGAUCCAAGAAUUCGAAGUUUGUAUAAUAUUAAUCUUGAAAAUACAGCUGUUAUUUUUGAUGAAGCUCACAAUAUUGAGCAAGUCUGUGAAGAUGCUUCAUCAGUUACACUGACUUCUGCCUUACUAGCAGCCGCUAUUGAACAUGUUCGAUGUGUUUGCGAAGUUGUGUUCAACCAUACUAUGGAAAGUGAAGAAGCCGAAUUAGCAGAUGAGAUGAAUUCCAUUAAUAACGGGCAGAAACAAUCUACAUCUACAGUUGUUAUGCCUCGAAUGGGACUGUUUGAUAUGACACAACCUAAAGAGACUGCAAUUGAAGCUUUGAGUAUUGAGAAAAUGAUUACAUUGAAGGGACAGCUUAUAGAACUGGAAAGAUUAAUUGAUGAAUUGAGUGUUCCCAGCGAAGGGCUUACUAAAGACGGCAGUUUCAUAUUUGAGCUUCUCAGUAGAGCGGGAAUCAAUCACUGGACAAACAAUACAAUACAGACUGUAAUCGAUGAAAUCAUCUCAUUUACGAAUUCUACACAUAAUGUCAAAAUUCGUAAAACAAAGGGUUUACAUGAAGUCGCUGAAUUUCUAAAGACUGUAUUCGGUUAUUUACCAGGUGAAGCAAAUGUGACCUUCAACUUUAAGGCACAGUUCAAAUUACAACACGAUGAAUCAAUCAGUUGUUAUCGUUUACAUAUUAAAGAUGACAUUUUAUCAUCUAAUAAUAAUAAUAGUAAUAAUAAUAAACUUAAAACAAAUGUUUGGGAUACACGUGAUCCUGGAAAUGUGUCUAGUAAUGCGGGCUCAACAAAUCGUACUCUUAGUUAUUGGUGUUUUAGUCCUGGACGUGCUAUACAAGAGUUAAUACGACAAAAUGUUCGUUGUAUCAUUUUAACUAGUGGGACACUCUAUCCAGUUGAACCAUUGGAAGCUGAACUAAGCAUGAAAUUUCCAAUUAAACUACAAAAUCCUCAUGUAAUCAAUUCAGAUCAGUUGCAUUUGUCAGUUAUACCACGUGGACCAGAUGGUGAAAAAUUGAAUGCCACCUAUUCUGUACGAGAGACAUCAGCUUAUCGAAAUUCAUUGGGUCUAUUGAUGAUUCAGUUAGCUCAAGCUGUUCCUGCUGGUCUACUGAUAUUUUUCCCAUCUUAUGUGUUUAUGUCACAGUGUAUAGAAUAUUGGAAGAAUGGUGAUAUUUUUGAAAAACUGUUAAAAAUCAAACAUAUUUUCAUUGAACCUCGUGAGAAGAUUCAAUUUAAUAAGGUAUUUAGUGAUUAUCGGAGCAUUGCCUGUAGUCAAAAUUCUAUUGGAGCAAUUCUAUUCGCUGUAAUGCGUGGUCGUGUCAGUGAAGGCUUAGAUUUAGCUGAUGAUGCUGGACGUGGUGUUGCUAUCCUCGGUUUGCCUUAUGCACCAUUUCAUGAUCCUAGGGUACGCUUAAAAAUGGCAUACUUAGAUGAACAGUGUGUCAAAUUAAAGUCUAGUUCAAAACAGGAUCAACAACAGAAAAAUUUGUUAGAUAAAUAUCCAACUGGUCGCCAGUGGUAUAAUCUACAAGCUUGGCGGGCAAUUAACCAAGCUGUUGGAAGAGUUAUUCGUCAUUACAAAGAUUAUGGAAUAAUCUUUCUUUGUGAUGAACGUUUCGCUUCCAAUAGUGCACAAUCGAAUUUAUCUAGUUGGAUGCAAACCAAGCGUAAUGUUUACGAUAGUGUAGAAUUGGCUGUGAAGGAUACUUAUGAAUUUUUUCGCAAUAUGCGGAUUAAAUAUCCAUCCAUUGAUCGACCUACUGAAUCCACUUCUUCCAGUGGAACUAACAUACUAACUGACAGGAUUGGACUUCAUUCACUGAAACGAACAUCUACUUCGCAUAGGUCUAGUAUUUUAUACAAUCUUCCUUCAGCUUCUGAGUUAAAUAUAUUCAGUCCAAAAUCAAAUGAUUCAAUGGCACUUGUAACAAGUUAUCAUCCUCAUCAAGUGGAUCAUCACCAGUCAACCAAUUUGUUACAACAACAUGGAUAUCAUGCGGAUUGUCAUCAGAAAGACCCAAUUUCUACUUCUUCUUCUUCUUCUCCGUCAAUUUUUAAUAUGGUAUACAGUGAAUCAGAGAAUAUAAACCAGAAUACAUGCAUGACCAGCUCAAAAUUAUGCUCUGAUGAUGCUUUAGAACAAAAAUUAUUACAACGGAAACAGUGUAAACGCAUAAAACUUUUAGAACAGAAAAACAACAAUACUUUAUCGUCUGUUCUUAAAUCAUCUAAUCGAAUGAAUGAAUCUGAAUAUGCAACCCGCUUGAAUGACUUUAAACAGUCUAUGCAAGAAUAUAAACAAACAAUAUUGUCCAAUCAAAAAACAGUACAGAAUAAUCAAUCUGAUCAACCUGUCGAAGUAUUAUUCACUCAAUUAUCUAGAAUAUUUAUACCAUUGGAAACCCCGGGACUUUUACAAGAUGCUAUCUGCUUUCUGUUACCGGAACAUCGUAAACGUUACGCUGAACUAUGUCACAAUUUAACGGGAUUACCAAUCAUUCAACAGGAUUUAAAAGGUGAUAAAUAUGAAAAUAAUACAAAUCAAGUGCCUCAAAAUUCGGCGGUUAGUUCAAAACAGUCAACAAAACCUACAGAAAAAUCACUUGAAAAUUUAAUGAAAUGUUGUAAAUGUUCAGCUAAUCCAGCAGAAGUUCCUCUGAUAUCAUGUUGUAAACAUAUAGCUUGUUUUAAGUGUUGGCGAUAUAUUAUUGAACAAGGUGAUCGUCAGUGUCCUUCUUGUCGAAAAUUACUACGACGACGUGAUUUAUCACGUUUAACUCAAAAGACAGACACAAAUUAA